AUGAUUACAGUGCUAGUGGUAAUCAUUAUAUCAGUUUUAAUACCGGUAUAUUCAAACGACGGAUAUGAAAGUGUCCUAAAUAAGCGGGAGUUACUCCUACAAGAAGGAUUGGAUAUGAUGCUCGGGAGUGAUUUGCAGCUCACCGAUGAUGAAGAACAGGUGAACGAUUACAUCAUGGGGUUGAAGAGGGACGAAAUAGACUUUGGAUUCGUGAACCCACAGUAUUUCAACUUUUCCAAACAUUUUUUCGAUUUUAGAACCGACGUGAGACAAUCUCAGUUGUUUAAAAUUAUCCAGAGAAUGCCGAAAGGUGCUUUAUUACAUGCGCACGAUACUGGCAUGUUGAGUCCAGAUUACGUAGUCGCACUUACGUACUGGGAAAACCUAUACGUAUGCUUCGAAGAGGACACCGUCAAUCUCUUAUUCGCGCGGGAACUACCCACAUCCGUCUGCUCAACCCAGUGGCAGCUAAUGAGAGACGCAAGGUACUCGUCGGACAUCAACGUUGUUUGGGGCCAGUUUCAAAGUUAUUUCAUUCGGACCACAUCGCUGUUUACGUACAAGCCUGUAUGGGAACAAUACUUUUACGACACAUUGAAAGCGUUGAGAGAAGAUAAUAUCAUGUACCUGGAAAUAAGGAGUGUUCUACCCAAUCUCUACGAUUUGGAUGGCACCGAAUACGAUCAAAUGGAAACACUGGCAUCAUAUAAACGAGUCAUAGACAGAUUUAUGCUAGAUUAUCCAGACUUUUUCGGCGCGAAGAUAAUAUUUGCACCGCUGAGAUCGAUCGAUCGGACAACUGUGAAGGAAUACCUGGAAAACGCGAUCAAAAUGAAAAGGAAGUAUCCAGACGUGUUCGCUGGAUUCGACUUAGUGGGUCAAGAGGAUUUAGGGAAGCCCACGAAGCAUUUCCUACGCGAACUGACCAAGUCGUCGAAUGAGAUCGACUACUUCUUCCACGCAGGUGAGACAAAUUGGUAUGGGACAAGUUCUGAUGAGAAUCUGGCAGAUGCCAUCGCCCUGAACGCGCGGCGUAUCGGGCAUGCCUUUGCCUUAAUUAAGCAUCCGGUGCUGUUGGAAGAAGUAAAAAAAAGGGAUAUAGCUAUAGAAGGAAAUGUUAUUUCCAAUGUGGUUUUAAAGUUAGUCGAGGAUAUGAGGAACCAUCCGUUGGCUAGUUUUAUUGCCCACGGAUUGCCCGUGGUCAUAGCCAGCGACGACCCAGGUGUCUGGGGGGCGGACCCAUUGUCUUUGGACUUCUACGUCACAUUUGUGGGAGUUGCGAGCAGGCGCGCGGAUCUAAAGUUACUCAAGAAACUGGCUUUAAAUUCCCUGUACUACAGCACAUAUGCAAACAAAGAUAAAAUAGUACACGAGUUCGACAUUCGGUGGGCUAAAUUUAUACACGAUGUACUUAGAGGUCAUUUAUGA